GAACGUUCUCUCCUUACCAACGUUCAGCGUCCCCACUGCCGCACCUCCUCUCUCUCUCUCUGUCUCUUUCUCUUCCCCUUUGCUUGUCCCUUCUGCUUCCCUUCUUAUGCUUUGCAUCGAAGGCUUCGAGCCACUAAUUCUCCAACACGGCGGGAAGCGGUCUGUGAAAUUUCUCUUAUCAGAAAAGGAGAGUGAGACCACAGGUCGACGUAUUGCGUUGGAACGAUUGAGUUCCGGGGGUGAUCCCUGCUGCUGGAUGUAAAUAAGUUUACUGCAAGUUUGCAAGAUAAAGGGGGGCAGAGAUGGGGGACUGUAGUUCAUGCAGUUCAAAUACUACUCAAUUCCUUAGAGAGUUCUACAUUCCAGACUACAUAAUUGACUCCGAGGCAGCCAUCCAGGAUAUGUCAUAUUUUCCUGAAUGUCCAGUAAUGGUGUUCAUUAACUCAAAAAGUGGAGGUCAGCUUGGUGGGGACCUGCUGUCAACGUACAGAAUGCUUCUUAAUUCUGCACAAGUUAUUGACUUGGGAGCAGAUGCACCUGACAAGGUCCUUCACAAGGUUUAUGCCAACAUUGAACGUCUUAAGGCUAAUGCUGACAGCCUUGCUUUUCAUAUUGAGCAGAAGAUGAGACUAAUUGUUGCAGGUGGAGAUGGUACGGCAGGAUGGCUUCUUGGUGUAGUUUGUGAUCUCAAGCUUGCUCAGCCACCUCCUGUAGCUACUGUUCCUCUGGGAACUGGAAAUAAUCUGCCUUUUUCCUUUGGUUGGGGAAAGAAAAAUCCAGGCACAGAUCGUGACUCUGUCAAGUCCUUCCUUAAACAAAUGAAGGAUGCAAAGGAGAUGAGAAUUGAUAGCUGGCAUAUUCUUAUGAGGAUGAAAGCUCCUGCAGAAGGUGCUUGUGAUCCUAUUGCUCCUCUAGAACUUCCACAUUCUUUGCAUGCAUUUAAGCGUGUAUCUCAUACAGACUCAAUGAGUGAGGAUGGGUAUCACACAUUUCGAGGUGGCUUUUGGAACUACUUUAGCAUGGGGAUGGAUGCUCAAGUAUCUUAUGCAUUUCAUUCUGAAAGGAAGCUACACCCAGAAAAAUUCAAAAAUCAAUUGGCUAACCAGACAACCUAUGCAAAGCUUGGUUGCUCUCAAGGAUGGUUUGCUGCUCCUCUUUUCCAUAAAUCAUCCCGGAAUAUUGCUCAGCUUGCAAAGGUGAAGGUAAUGAAAAGGCCUGGUCACUGGGAGGACCUUCACAUCCCACGCAGCAUCAGAUCCAUCAUAUGCCUAAACUUGCCUAGCUUUUCUGGUGGUUUUAAUCCAUGGGGAACGCCAAACAGUAAGAAAAAGAGAGAUAGGGACUUGACUGCACCUUAUGUAGAUGAUGGUCUUAUUGAGGUGGUAGGAUUUAGAGAUGGUUGGCAUGGACUUGUUUUACUUGCGCCUAAGGGACAUGGGACUCGACUUGCACAGGCACGUCGCGUACGCUUUGAGUUUCACAAGGGCGCAGCAGAGCACACGUACAUGAGAAUGGAUGGGGAACCAUGGAAACAGCCUCUCCCUAGUGAAGACGAUACUGUGGUGGUUGAGAUUUCACACCUCGGUCAAGUCAAUAUGCUGGCUACUCAUGAUUGCAAAGCCAAAAGCGUUGACGAUCCUAGCACUCCUUCUCCUCGUCGCGAGGAUGAAGACGAUGAGGACAGUAUGGCGUCCGAUGAGGAGUCCGAGGGGAGAAGGAAGUUUGGAGCGGCGGACACUUUCAGAUUUUCUUUUGAUGAUGAUGUUCUUGCGCGCAACAGUUAGUGCUUCUCAUUGCUAUAGACGUGGUAGAUUUCCUGUCAUUCGAAAUCUGUAAUUUUGUUGGUCCUCUUUCUAAGUUUCCUUUUGUUGGGUGGAAUUUGAUUCCCGAUGUUUUCUUUUGAAAUAGAUAGAAAGAGGAAAAUUGGCAAAACAUGUUGUGUUUAUGUUCAGUUCCUUCUCUAUGGUGGUGUGGAUUCGACUCUCUUGUAUAUUCAGAAGAAGCAUCAUAACUACUUUUUGUUGGUCCUACAAACAGUACUUCUUUAAUUAUUAAUGCUAUUAUGUAGCCUAUUUUUAAGAUAGUUAAAA